AUGCGUUUCUCCACUCUCCCCAUCCUCUUAGUCGCCGCACUCACCACCCGUGUCCUCGCCGGCAAGCACCACAGGGGAUUAUGCUUCGACGGCGACUCCCCCAACGCCGACAAGGGCAGCAAGGCGUGCGAGGCGUACAAAACUACCGGGGGCGACAAUUGUGUUAAUUCUUAUUGGAAGGACGACUACAGCGUCCAAGGGGAUGAAGAGUGCUACAGUCAAGCGGGAGAUAUUGAGGAUGAUGCGUGGAAUAAGAUUUGUCAGCUAUACAAGGCUUCGAGCGGUAAAACUGCGUAG